GAAAAAUAAGUUAGUUCAGCAUGAGCGCAGCAGAUGCAUGUAAGGGUUAUUUCUAAAUUGUAUAUGGCAGUAAAUUAUGACCGAGGGUAAUUUGAACCAUUCAAAGUUAUCUGAAACAAGGGUCAGAGAGAAAUGUCGCAGUUAGUGGGUCGCAUUUCGUCAGCCGAGUUCACAAGUUCAACACACAGCCCUAUCCAAUAAGCACAAGACGAGGGCGUGGAGAAGUAAUGUUUACGUCUAGGUCGCCUAGAAGUGGGACAGAGUGCAAACUGCACCUGUCACUCGGUCGGGUAUAGAGGCACACCAGCUUCCAAAUGAGCCAUUGCAAGACAGUAUACAGGAAGACUACUGCAAGAGCUGCCAUGCUGAGAAGAGGCAGAAAUGGCCGGACUCGGCAUUUGGCCUGGAGCGAAAUACGGCAGGAGACAGAUGCCAUGGAAGUGAUCCAGACAUUGGACAGAGAGCAGUGGGAAGGCCAGACAACAACACAGAUCAGCGAUUUGGAGUCUGACGUGGAUCACCUGGCGAGUUCCCAGACUGUCACCGAGGUGGUGGCCUUGCCCUGCACGGUGCCAGUGAUAGGGGAGUCUUUCUGCCAGUGUGACCGACAGGAAGAGCUCAGCCCAGGAUACAUUCUUAUCAGUGACUGCGUCUGUGGGGAGGAGGAUCAAGGUUUUGACUGGGUAUGGGACGAGAACUGCAAAUCCUCCGGAGCUUUCCUCAGCUGUGACAACAGGAAGGUGAGCUUUCACUCAGACUACAGCUGUGGCACAGCUGCCAUUCGCGGCACCAAGGAGCUGGCAGACGGCCAACACUUCUGGGAAGUCAAGAUGACCUCUCCUGUCUAUGGAACAGAUAUGAUGGUGGGAAUUGGAACUUCAGAGGUGAACCUGGAGAAGUUCAAAUACAGCUUUGGCAGCCUGCUGGGCCAUGAUGAAGACAGUUGGGGACUCUCCUACACAGGUCUUCUCCAGCACAAAGGGGACAAAGUGAAGUUCUCCUCUCGAUUUGGGCAAGGCUCCAUCAUAGGGUUGCACCUGGACACCUGGCAUGGUACCCUGACCUUCUACAAGAAUCGGCACUGCAUAGGUGUCGCUGCCACGAGGCUGCAGAACAAGAAGUUCUACCCCAUGGUGUGCUCCACAGCAGCCAAGAGCAGUAUGAAGGUGAUCCGUGCCUGCUAUACACCCACCUCCCUGCAGUACCUUUGCUGUGCCCGACUCCGUCAAAUGAUGCCCUGCUGCCCAGACAUGCUUGGUGCUCUGGAGCUGCCCCCAGGCCUGCGCACCCUCCUCCACACACAGCUGGGCUGGGUCUUCACCCUCAGCAGCAGCCCUGAAGCCUCAGAGCAGCACAGCGACUUGCUUGAGGACUUCUACGAAGAGACGAGCCUACCCUCGAGCCCCAGCCCCAGCCCCAGCCCCAUCAUGAGCCCGGUAUCCAGCCUGAGUGCCUGCGCCUCUCCGAGCCCCUGCACCAGCCCAUUUCCUGACACAGUCUCAUACCAGUGCCCCUGUCAAACAUCACCUCAAACUCAGCCCUGCACUUGCCACUGCCCUCCAACUCCUCCCAGCAGUGACUACGAUAGCUGCUGCUCUGAGCCAGAGGAGUACCAAUGCAAAAGAUGCCGCUGGACAUGACAAAGUAGU